CCUUGUUUAAAUAGACAAAUAAAAUAAGGCAAUUCAGAAAGGAACAAAAGUGGUUGACAUUUGGCGCAUGCGCAAACGGAUCGGGCAGCUCAACAGACCCCGGAACCUGUCUGGACGACCACUGCUGUGCUGAGAUGGCGACCACGUCCAGUCAACACGAAAGAGAUUCGGCGUCACCAAUGGAAGAAAAAGGCAAAAACGGCAGACUUGAAGUAUCCGACAAUAUCAUUUUGGAAAGCAGCCUGAGCCCUGAACAGAGCGUUGAGAAAGACAUCCAGCAGCUAAAUGGUCAUCCAGAAGAAAUUCUCCCUCAGCCACAUGGUGGGAGCUCUACUUUGAAACAGGAGGCUCCAAAGCCCCCCUAUGCUAAAGAGGAAGAGGAGGAACUCUGGAUCACUCAGGAGGGAGAGUGUCGUCUUGGUCCACCGGAGGCUGAUCUCAACAAUUUGCAACUGAAUGUUGUCUGUGUCAAUAUUGAAGAUGAUAAUGACCUCAUAGCGCCGCUAUCAGAUAGUGAGGCUGAAAACGGCUUUGAUGGACCUUGGAGCAGCGAUACAGACUCUGAAGGUGGUAUGAGAAGUCACAUUGGCAGCAAACACUCUGAACACACUAAAAAUAAGACAGGUAAAACAUGCUUCACCUGCUCAAUUUGUGCUAAGAGCUUUACUCAAAAGCGCAAUUUAACUCAACACAUGAGAGCACACACUGGAGAAAAAACAUUCAGCUGUUCAGUUUGUGGGAAAAGAUGCACUAAAAAGAGUCAUUUGACUGAACACAUGAGAACACACACAGGAGAAAAACCUUUUCAUUGUUCUGUUUGUUGUAAAAGCUUUUCUCAAAACUGCAAUUUGACAAAACACAUGAGAACACACACAGGAGAAAAACCAUUCCGUUGUUCAAUUUGUGGGAAAAGAUUUUCUCAAAACAGCCAAUUGCCUGAACAUAUGAGAACGCACACAGGUGAAAAACCUUUCAUCUGUUCAGUUUGUGGUAAAGGUUUUGGUCAAAAGAACACUUUGUCUGAUCACAUGAGAACACAUACUGGAGAAAAACCAUUUAUUUGUUUAGUGUGCGGUAAAUGCUUUUCCCUCAAGAGACCGUUGACUGUGCACAUGAAAACGCACACAGGAGAAAAAACAUUUAAUUGCUCGGUUUGCAGCAAAAGUUUUUAUUCCAGACCAGGUGUGACUCAACACAUAAUGAAACACACUGGAGAAAAAACAUUCAGGUGUUCAGUGUGUGAUAAAAGCUUUUUGAAAAGGAGCCUUCUGUCUUAUCACAUGAGAACGCACACAGGAGAAAAACCUUUUAGUUGCUCAGUUUGCAGUAAAAGCUUUAUGUACAGACAAAAGUUGACUCGACACAUAAUGACACACAGGAGAAACACCCUUUAGUUCCUCAGUUUGUGUGCGAAAAAAAACCCUCAAAAGGCAAGUCUUGUAACACACAUGAAAUACAAAUCUGUCUUUGCUUAUAUUUACAGUAUCAGAUUUACUCAGAAUGCAACUAUUUUAAUGAAUGAGUGGUGCAAAAAGCAGAAGCUACACAACUUUGAUGGCGGUGUUUUCCUCACCUUCCUUUGGAAAUGUGAAAGUUAAGGCUUCAUGAUUUUGGCCGAAAAUAAAAGAUUUUUGUUUUUUAAAAACUAUUUUUGGGGGUAAAAACGACAUCAUGUCAUCUGUAAUGAAAUAGGAUGAAUAAAAGUUAUACAUAUAGUUCAAGACAAAUCUUUUGUGUUUUUAUUUGUUAUUGUAUAAACAUUUCAUCUUUAUCUUUAUGCCUUUUUUCUCUAUUUCCCA